CUUCUGGAGACCACAGGCGUUCCACCGCCCCUCAAGGCCUAGAAAAAAAACAGGUAUCGCUCGAAUCCGAGAGGCGAUCCUGCCCGAGAUUUCUUAUAGAACUUGUAAUCCUAGCUGGUAGUUUCAUCCGAUUUGCUCGGCCGGGAUCAGUAUGGGGAGAAGCUACGAUUACAGUCCAUCACCGCCAAGAGGUUACAGGAGAAGAGCCCGCAGUCCAAGUCCUCGUGGUCGUUAUGGAGGCCGUGCUAGAGACCUCCCAACUAGUCUUCUGGUGAGGAAUCUUCGCCGGGAUUGUAGGCCUGAUGACCUCCGUAGACCAUUUGGAAAAUUUGGUCGUCUUAAAGACAUAUAUCUGCCAAGGGAUUACUACACUGGGGAUCCUCGAGGAUUUGGGUUCAUUCAAUACUUCAAUCCUGACGAUGCUGCUGAUGCAAAAUACCAUAUGGAUGGGCAGAAGUUUCUUGGAAGGGAAAUUACUGUUAUUUUUGCAGAGGAGAACAGAAAGAAGCCUUCUGAGAUGAGGUCCAGGGAAAGAGUCAGUGGCAGAAGCCAUUCUUAUGAUGGGAGAUCGCGCUCAAGGUCACCUGGAAAUUCUUAUUCUCCAAGGGGUAGAUCACGGUCCCUCAGCCGAAGCUACUCACCGGCACCUAAGCGAAAGCACCAUUCAAAGUUGCGGUCUCCACGGGAAAGAUCUUUUUCGUGCUCACCAGUGGACAGCAGAUCGAGGAGUGCAAGCCCAGCCCAUAGUAGGUCUCCUCGCAGGCAGAGGUCCCUCUCUGUUAGCCAGUGAAGUAGCUCAGGGUUCAGUAUGACUACCCACAGGAUCUUGUUGAUGUUAACGUCGAACCGUAUAUGUUUCAGAUUCUUUUUGGCACCCUACUAUUGUAUUCUAAGAGUAUUAAACAUGUAUGGUGUAUUAUGAAACCUUUGUUGGGUGGAUUGAGAACAAACGAACCUGGAUUCUGAUACCUGUUGACAGGUGCGCA